AUGUACGGACAAAUCCUUCAUCCGCACAGCCCCGAUGAUUGCUUUAUUAAUGUCAAUGUUGGUGGUUUCAAACAGCGAAUGAAGCACGGCGUUCUGAAUCGAUUCCCACAGACACGUUUGGGUCGCCUCCUGUGUUGCAGCACCAAAGAAGCAGUCCUGGAGCUCUGCGAUGACUUCACUCCCUCGGAAAUGGAGUACUACUUUGACCGCAAUCCGCGUUUCUUCUGCUACGUUAUCAACUUUUACCUCACAGGCAAAAUCCAUCUGGUGGAAGGGUUGUGCGUGGUGUCGUUCGUCCAAGAGAUUGAGUAUUGGGGCAUCAAGGAGCGCCACCUGGACUACUGCUGCAGCAACAAAUUCUAUGAACUGAUGCAGCUUGCUGAAGAUAAGAGCUGGGAUCAGAGAAGUGAUGAGUUGCAAAGUUCAGGCUCAUCUAUUGAGGAGCUGUCAGUUUUGAAGGAUGACAUAGAAAUGUUUGAAGGCUCCUGGUGUGCUGAUGUUCGCAGGAAUAUCUGGAUUCGACUUGAGGAUCCAGCCUACUCUACUUCAGCCAAAGUGAUGGCUGUAGCAUCCCUGAGUGCGGUCAUUGUCUCAAUUGUUGCCAUGUGCGUCCACAGCAUGCCGGACUUCAAUCAAGUGGAUCACAAUGAGAGGGAGAUUGAAAACCCCAUUCUGAAUUUCUUUGAGAACCUCUGUGUUCUGUUCUUCUCUGGAGAGUUUCUUCUUCGUCUGGCUGUUGCACCGUCAGCCAGGAAGUUCUUGUGCAGCCCUCUCAAUAUCAUCGACCUAAUGUCAAUUAUGCCCUUCUAUUUCACUUUAGCUUGUGAUUUACUGGCUGAUAGUGAGAACACAGACCUCGAGAAUGUUGGAAAAGUGGUGCAGAUCUUUAGGUUGAUGCGAGUGUUUCGCAUCCUAAAACUGGCUCGCCACUCAUCGGGCCUUCGCUCUCUCGGCGCUACACUGCGAAACAGCUCCAGUGAAGUAGGGCAGCUGGUGCUUUUCUUGUCUGUGGGCAUUUCAAUGUUUUCUGCUCUCAUUUACUAUGUGGAGAAUGAAUCUCAAGAGUCAGAGCUGCAGACUAUGCCUAUUGGCUGGUGGUGGGCCACCAUUAGCAUGACUACAGUGGGCUACGGGGACACUUUCCCUGUUACACCAGCUGGGAAGCUGGUAGGAUCCGUGUGCAUCCUCUGUGGGCUGCUGAUCGUGGCUCUGCCCAUUACCAACAUCUUCAAUAAAUUCUCCAAGUUCUAUGAGAGGCAAAAACUGAUAGAAGCUAAAGCUGAACCCUCUACAGCAAGUACAGGAGUGUUACCAAGCAGUGAGUCUUAA